GGGCUUAUCGACGGCAGCGGGCGACUUGCUCGUCACCAGGGACCGGAAAGGUGAGGCGAGUGCGGCUGCGAAUACGAAUACAUACCAAUAUCCACCAAGGGUUUAGGGUUGUUUCUUUUCGGUUAGUCCGGCGCAAAAAAUUAAACUUUUGAGCCUCAACCCAACUUUCACCUGCUCGAGUCGCCCCACCAACGAGUCAGUCAGUCGCACACACCAACACUGCACGACACCCUCGCAUCCUCUCACAACCACAAUCAUGGGCAAGGUCCAAAAGCGUUCCGGCCACGGCGGCGACAAACCCUACUCCCGUGGCGGAGGAGGCAGCGGCCCAUCGGCAUCAGCGAAAGAGGCCGCGAGUAAGGCGGUCAACAAGGUGUUCAAGAUGAACACAGACCUCGGCCAGCACAUCCUGAAGAACCCUGGAGUUGCCCAAGCCAUCGUCGACAAAGCGGGGCUCAAGCAGAGCGAUAUCGUCCUCGAAGUCGGACCCGGAACCGGCAACCUGACAGUCAAGAUCCUCGAGAAAGCGCGGCACGUGCAAGCGGUCGAGAUGGACCCGCGCAUGGCGGCGGAGCUCACAAAACGAGUGCAGGGCACGCCGUUCGAAAAGAAGCUCUCGAUCCUCCUCGGCGACGUGAUCAAGACCGAGCUGCCCUACUUCGACGUCUGCAUCUCCAACACGCCGUACCAGAUCUCGUCGCCGCUGGUGUUCAAGCUGCUAGCGCUGUCGCCCGCCCCGCGCGUGUGCGUGCUCAUGUUCCAGCGGGAGUUCGCGAUGCGCCUCGUCGCCCGCCCCGGCGACCCGCUGUACUGCCGCCUGUCGGUCAAUGCGCAGAUGUGGGCGCGCUGCACGCACAUCCUCAAGGUCGGGAAGAACAACUUCAAGCCGCCGCCGAAGGUGGAGAGCUCCGUGGUGCGCAUCGAGCCAAAGAACCCGAGGCCCACGGUUAGCUACGAGGAGUGGGAUGGCCUGCUGCGCAUCGUGUUUGUGCGCGGAAAUCGGACGAUGCGCGCUGGCUUCGCGAGCAGGGCCGUCAUGGAGAUCGUCGAGAAGAAUUAUAGGACCUGGUGUGCCACGAAUGAUGUGCCCGUCGAUGAGGAGGUCGAGAUGGAGGACGUCCCUGUGGAUGGCGAGGAGGAGGUUGAGGAGAUGGAGGUCGACGAUGAUAUGGGCACGGGACAGGUGCAGAAGAUCAAGGUCAAGGUGGGGAAGAAGAAGAGGGGCCGUGUGCAGGAGCUCGUCAGGGCAAAGGUCGACAAGGUGCUCGUGGAAACGGGGCUGGGAGAGAAGCGUGCCGUCAAGUGCGAGGAGGGAGACUUCUUGAAGCUGCUAUAUGCUUUCAAUAUGGAGGGUAUCCACUUUAGCUAGAGUAGUGGGAGGGAGCGGGAGAUAAUUUAUGGCGUUCGGCGUUUGCUAUUUUAUAGGUAGUACAUGAGUAUAAAAGUCGGAUUUUAGGAGACGGAUGAACUGGUCAGAGG